AUGGGGCCCACAGAGCAACCAGCACACCUGUGCCCGGCUUCCUGCUGGGUGCACCAUGUGUGCCCGGCACAGCCGCGGCGGGCGGAUGGGAAAUACAUGAGGUCGGUGUCAGCAGGCGCUGUGUGGCACUUUGUCCUGCUGCCUUCUGCAAGGAGGAGGAGCCCUUUCUCGGGUGUGGAAAGGGCACCUGCUGAGCCGUACGGACAGUGUGCUGUUUCAGGGAGGACGUCGGAGCUUCUGCCAGGCUGGUCAUCGCUGCCCUGCAGCUCGCUGAGGAGCUAUAAGUCGGAGGGAAGACCUGAGCCUACUAAGCAGACGCUUAAGAAACCAAAGUUACCAGUAGGCCGAUUUGAUGAACCGGAGGAGUCCAGCGUAGAAAGGGAACCUCUGGAAAAAUUCCCUGAUGGAAUCAAUCCUGCUACAAAAGAGAGAGGUGGACCGAAGGGCCCUGAACCUACACGUUUUGGAGACUGGGAGAGGAAGGGACGUUGUAUAGACUUCUGAUGUAUAAAUGAAUCCAUAUUGCUGCUGAUACAUUUCUAGUUGUUGAAGAGUUUGUAUAGAAUAACCUGAGCUAGAUUUGUUGUGAAUGUUCUUGCUUCUUUCAUGCUUGUGAUAAAUUUUCUGGGAUGCUUUAUGUAAAUAAACUACGAUACUACAACUGAGUUUUUUGAAGCUGUUACUUUAUGUGCACCUGAUCAUCUGUGGUAUUUAUACUAGGCAAGUAUAAAUGGAAGUACAGUGGAUGUGAAGUUUGUAGUCAAGAUCUUGCUGAGAUGUAUAAAUGGCUUUUAUUUUGCUAUGUAAAUGAACAUUUUUAUCUAUCUAUCUAUAAAGGCCAGGUUGGAUGGGACCCUGGACAGCCUAAUCUAGUGGGUGGUGGCAGCCCUGCUAAUGGCAGGGGGGCUGGAACUAGGUGGUUAAAGUGCCUUCCAUCCCAAAGCAUUGUGUCUGCUUGAAAACUGGCUAAAUGCUGCUGGAGGAAAAAUAACAUUAUUUUCUGAUACUUUAUGUUCAAAGGUGACUAUUAGAUGAGAUGAUCUUAAUAUUGCAGGUCGUUAAGUAUCACUAAGUUAUUGGCUUUGAGCUGAAGACCUUUCCAUCAGACCAGCUCAGUUCUUCGUUCAAGAAUUUGCCUGGCUGUAAAUACUGCAGUAGAGCACAAAUCCACUGCUUCUGUGGGUGCUUAAUAAUAGGAGAAAAAGCUGACAUCAAUAAAACCCUCAGCGUAUUAACUCUCUAGAUAUUUGCUGUGCAAGUUCUUUUUGACAGGAGGAAAAAAAUUAUCUGUAUCUUCAAUUGUAAAUGUUUGAGUUUUUUUCCCCAUAUGUGUUUCUUUCCUGGUGAUUUGCUGAUUUUUUCCAACCUCUUCACUUUUCCUCUACUUUCUCUGUCUUAUGCAGUCACACUUCCUAUUAGCUGCUUCUACCGUAAUGUCACAGUGGACAUUCAAACUGAAUAAAAGGUGUUUGGACAGCACAGUAUUCCAUUUUAUGGCUUUAAUUUCUUUUUCCUGUAUGAAUUUGUUUGCUGUUUUCUCUGCCAAAGCAAGUUUUGUUUGAAUGAAAGUCAGCCUUAAUCAAGAUUUCUGUUCUGCAUUACUGUGGCUCUGUAAGGAUGUACCACUUUGUCCACAUGUGCCUGAUUUUAUUAAAGCUGAAAAGCAUUUGA